AUGGAUCUGCUGAAAUUACUCUUUUGGAAUUGCCGCGGUGCCGGCAAUAAAAACUUUAAGCGCCAUCUCACAGAGAUUCUCAGGACUCACAAACCGGAAAUCUUGAUACUCAUGGAAACCAAAGUUCAAUAUAGUAAAAUGGGCAACUUCUUCAAUCAACUAGGAUUCACAGCGUCUACUAUAGUGGACCCCGUGGGUAGAGUUGGUGGGAUCUGGAUUAUAUGGGACACCAGCCAUGUCAAUGUAAGAGCAUCUGCUGUAAGUUCUCAAGUCAUACAGGCAACCGUACAUAAAGAGGACUAUGUAGAAUGGGUCAUUGCCGCUGUUUAUGCUAGCCCAAACCCUUUCCUAAGAGAGACCUUAUGGAAUAAUUUGGAAGAUGUUACAGCGAACAUGGACAAACCGUGGCUGGUCGCAGGUGAUUUCAGUGACUAUGCAAAUCAAAGUGAACGAAGGAGCUUCUUCAACAACCAAAGCACAACCAGACCUCAAAAAUUCCUUGACAGAGUCAAUAAAUACAACCUGAUUGAUCUGGGAAGUUCAAGACCCAGAAUGACUUGGACUAACAACAGACACGGGCUGGCUAAUACUAUGGAAAGGUUGGACAGAGCGAUGUGCAAUGCAGAUUGGCGUACAUUGUAUCCUGAAGCUAGUGUGAAAGUGCUCCCCCGCACAUAUUCCGGUCACUCUCCUCUCAUUGUCUACACUGAAGGUAUGCACUCUCUCAAUCCCCCAAAUAGACCUUUUAGAUUUGAGGCGGCUUGGAUGUCUCAUCCUGGUCUGUUGGAUGUCAUUAGCUCCUCCUGGACUGAUAUGAAUAACAAACUUCUCGAUUCCACUACUGAAUUUACAACUAAAUUUACAACUAGAGUUAGAACAUGGAAUCGAGAAGUCUUUGGCAAUAUUUUUAAAAAGAAAAGAAAUUUACUGGCUAGAAUUGAAGGCAUCCAAAAAGCCUUAACGAAUCAAUUUUCUCAUAGUCUGUUCACCCUUGAGAAAACUCUCAUUAUUCAAUAUAAUAAUGUGUUAUUGCAAGAAGAGAUGUUAUGGUUCCAAAAAUCUAGAUCAAAAAACAUUACCAUUGGAGACCGUAACACUAGAUAUUUCCACAUUUCGACCAUCACCAAGAGGAGAAAAUUGAAGAUUAAUGCCUUUAAAGAUAACGAAGGUAAUUGGAUUCUUGAGAAAGCUGAUAUAAUUAGGAACAUUAUGGAUUAUUUCAAUGAUCUUUUUAAAAAAGAGGACGUUCAUUCUUUGGAAAAUUGGCAAAACAUGACCCCAACUUAUUUUGCUCCGAAGGACAAUGCGAGAAUACUAAAACCCAUAACUAAUUCUGAAGUUUUGAAAGCUGUUAAAAGUAUUGGUGCUUUUAAAGCACCGAGGAAAGAUGGUAUUCAAGAAUUUAAACUCAAUGGAAAAUGGAUUGAUUUGAUCAUGAACUGUGUCACUAAUAAACAUUCCUCUAUCCUCUGGCAUGGGGAAGUUUUUGAGGGUAUCCGCAAUGAAAGGGGACUUAGACAGGGUAAUCCUCUCUCUCCUUACAUUUUUGUUCUUUGUAUGGAGCGUCUAUCCAACAUGAUCAUAUCGAAAGUGAAAGAGAGAUCUUGGAAAGGUUUAAAAGCUUCUAAACAUUGUCCAACCUUGUCCCAUCUCUUUUUCGCUGAUGAUCUCAUUCUUUUUGCCAAGACUGACCAUCCUACCUGUGAAACCAUCAUUGGGGUCCUUAAUGAAUUUUGUGCUGUUUCUGGUCAAAAAAUUAACUACUUGAAAUCUAAACUUUUUGUGUCCAACAAUAUCCCUCCUAAUCAAGCUAGAGCCCUAAGCUCCCAGAGUGGCAUUCCCCUCACUCAAGAUCUUGGCAAAUAUUUGGGAUCUCCUCUCCUUCAUAAAAGAGUCAACAAAAAUAUGUUUAAUGAGAUCCUUGAAAAGCUGAAAGCCAGACUCUCAGGCUGGAAAACAAGGAAUUUAUCCUUUGCUGGCAAGGCUACACUCAUAAAUUCUGUUACCUCUGCUAUUACUAGCUAUAAUAUGCAAGUCAUGGAACUCCCUAGACAAUUUUGUGAUGAGGUUGACAAACUUAAUAGAAAUUUUCUUUGGGGAGAAUUUGAUAACAACAUGAGGGUCCACCUUGUUAACUGGAACUGUGUGUGUAGAUCUAAGGAGGAUGGUGGACUUGGACUUAGAAGAGCUAGAGACCAAAAUGAUGCACUGCUCACUAAACUUGGCUGGAGCAUGCUAACUGAUUCUACCAAACUUUGGUGUAAGGUCCUACAAGCCAAGUAUCUACAAAACCACACCCUUUAUAAUUGGCCUUUGAAGAUGAGAGCCUCCCACAUUUGGAAAAGCAUAUGUAAAAAUAAGGACAUCCUUAAGAAAAGGGUUAAAUGGAAUGUGGGUAAUGGGGAGACCAUAUCCCUAUGGCAUGAUUGGUGGUGUGGUCAAAAACCUUUGGAUCAAACAUAUACUUCUCCACAAGUUAAUGAUGAAGAUAAGAUCUGGAAAGACAGAAAUCAACUGGUUUUUGAAAAUUCUAUUCACCCCAUUCAAGUUAGUCUCAAGAACAUUAGAGACUAUGUACUUGAGAUUGAUGAGGCAUUCCAAUCUCCUCUCCACCCUAACCAAUCCCUACCUAUUCUAAUUAACUGGUAUUUCCCUCCUGCAGGUAAAUUGAAAUUAAACACUGAUGGCUACUCCAAAGGAGAUCUUGGACAGGCAGGCUAUGGAGGGCUCUUGAGGGAUGAAGCAGGCACAUGGAUAUGA